AUGGCUAAUUACUUCGAUUCUUUGUCAAAGUCAUUCAGGAGACGAGAAUUUAUACUCGAUAGUCGUUAUACAUAUGAUGAUGGACCCAGCAAUCCUCCAACCACCUUCAUCUUGGGCCCCUUGUACUCAGCAACAAAUGUAUUUCAGUUCAGCCCAAUUGAGGAUUUGGCACUGGCAAUGUUGCUGCUUAGGCUGCUGCGUUUGUACAGUGACGAAGACAUGUCAAAGGUGCUGAUGUUGUCGGGAAAGAGAUAUGGUUCGGUUGAUUGGGUUUUCGUAAUUUGUGAUGAAGACAAGCUGGUAAAGAAGGAUUUUCUACGAUGGAUGGUCGAGAAAAAUCUCCCCAAUGAAGUGGUGGAGAUCACAGGAAGCGAUCACAUGGCCAUGAUGUCUAAGCCGGUUGAGCUUUCGGUUCAUCUCCGGUGCAUUGCUGACAAGUAUUAUUGA